GACACGUGUAAAUGGGCGGAAUGCGGAUCCUGCCCUGCGGCGUCAGGCGAUGCGGGGCGGGGUCCCGGGGCGUCAGCGGGAUGGAGACGCACCAGGCCGGGGGGCUGCCGGUUACUCCUGGGGCUGCUCGCCCAUCCCCCACCGGUGCCGAGAGUAUUUCCUGCAUCCAGCGCAUCGGGGCAUCCCUGCUCCGGGGGUUCGUCCUGUCCCUGCUCCAGCAGCAGGACCCCAGGCCCCAGCCCGCCCGGUUGGUCACCAUGGAUGAGCUGGGGGGCCAGGACACCCCCGAUGGGCCCCAGGUCACGUCCCUGCGUGAGACUCUGCACCGGAUAUGGGGGAGCAUGAGCCAGAACCCUGAGAUUGACAGCCUGGUGCAGUGCAUGGCGGGGCAGCCCCCGCUGCCAGCGCUGGCCGCCGUCUCGGAGCAGGUGUUCGCUGACGGCAUCAACUGGGGCAGAGUUGUUGUCUUCUUCUACUUCACCUACAGGGUCAUCGCCCAGGCUCUGGGCGGGUCCGACUGUCUCCGGUCCCUGGUCGACUGGGCCCUAAACUUCCUGUGGGAGCGAGUCGCCCCCUGGAUCCAGCGCCAGGGGGGCUGGGACUCCAUCUUCAGCUACCUCACCUCCUCCGCCUAGGGGAGGCACAGCCCCCCCACCUGGGAGGGCAUCAGCAGCCCCCCCCGCAGCAGAGACACCAGUGGAUGGACAGGGGCAGGAUUACCCACUGCCCCCAGGUCUGCAGAGCGAAGACAGGCUGGGGGGACGGGGAAUGUGUGAACAUUUCCCCCCUGCCGCCCCCAAAAUAAAAUCACAAAUGAAAAAGAACAAAUAACCAGGGCUGCCAAUGAAUCGCGAUUAACUUGAUUAAAAAAAAAACCCAGUCAUGCCGAAUCGUGGUUUUAACGCCGCUGUUCGCCCGGAGCCGGAACCCAUUGGAACAGGAAAUCGAGACAUGGAUUGCAACCGCAACGCGGGAUCCGAAGUGCACCAGGCUUCGCUGCCCGUGGUGAGUCCCGGUGACAAAGAUUUGCAUGGGGGAAAAGCCAAACAGACUUUUUUUCAUCUCCCCUCACACGGGGGCUGUCGUGCGAGCGGGAAAGUGCAACGAACAAAUGUAGAAUUUUCUUUGUGUUACGUCCCUGCCCUCCAAAACUGAACAAUGUCAAAAGCGCCUGCAAGUCCACGCAGUCCUGCUUCCUGUUCGGCCCGUCGCCGGACAGACGAGUUUGUUUACGUCUAGGGGCGAGAAUGCUGCUUCUUAUUUAUAGGGCCCUCCCGAUUUCACGGCUGUGAAAAACUUAUCACGGACCGUGAAAUAGGGCCUUCCCCAUGAAAUUUGAUCUUCUCUGUGCUGCUGGGAGCCCCAGCUCUGAAGGCAGCGCAGAAGUGAGGGGGGCAAUCCCAUGACCCCCCCACACAGCAGGUUUGAGACCCCCCCCACAAUCCUCUUUUGGGUCGGGCCCCCCGCGAUUACAACAGCGUGAAAUUUUGGCGGUAAACAUGAAAUUGACUAAUUUUGAACCCCUCUGGCCGUGAAAUGGACCAGAACGGAUGGUGAAUUUGGUGGGGCCCUGAUUAUUUCCAAUGUCCUGCAAACAUUGGGGCCAGAGCCAGCGUUCGCAUGGUGCCCUUGUACCCGGCCUUGCAAGAUAUUAACAUGCCAGAGGCGCUAGACAGUGGUCUGAUCCGGCCUGGCGAUUGCACUCGCGCUGGGUCGUGUGUUGCUCCAGGGCCAAUGUCUGUAAUCAGACAGAAUAACCGGAGGUGAGGCCGGCGCGCGGGGUGUCCUGCGGCGGGGCUGAAAGCGAUGCAGAAAACCGGGCAAACCCAUCGCUCGCCCGGCUCCGUGGGGCCUGUUCUUGUUGAAACGCAACUAAAACCACGAUUGAGCAUGGCGGAGUUUUGUAAUUGUCUGACGGCCCCGCAAAGAAAUAAACGAGUGGGGAAAACA